AUGUCAGAAAGAGGCGGUCGUGGUCAAUAUAGCAACCGAGGUGGAGAUAGAGGAGGCCGUGGUGGUGGACGCGGUGGUGGCAGGGGAGGCAGAGGAGGCUACCACAACGCUUCACAAGAAAAACCCAAAAAGGAGUCCAUCUUGGACUUGAGUAAAUAUAUGGAAAAAAAGAUUCGCGUUCGAUUUAAUGGAGGACGAGAAGUCGUUGGUACAUUGAUGGGCUAUGAUCCUUUAUUGAAUCUCGUCUUGGACCACACUGUUGAAUAUCAGCGAGAUUUGGAAACUGGAUACGUGACCGAAAAUACACGAGAGUUAGGUCUUUCAGUACUUCGUGGAACUGCUAUUAUUCUGAUAUCACCUUUUGAUGGCAUGGAAGAAAUAGAAAAUCCAUUUGCACAAUAA